AUGACUUCUUCCGUAACAUGUCUCUCAAAUUCUCAGAUUCCUUCAAAAACACCUCUGUCGGAUAAUGCUUACAUGAUAUGUGAGAUAAUUUCUCAUUUAUUUGAACAACAAUCUGAUCUGGUCUCUUGUUGUUUGGUGUCCCGUUUAUGGAAUACCUGUGCUACGCCUUGUCUUUGGAAGGCUCCACGUUUGAAACGCGAUUCAACACUUGAUAAAUUUGUUAGAACUUUAGUGAGAUCUCAACAAAAUCAAACUAUUUAUGCUUAUGGUUGUUUGGUGCAUACACUCGACCUAUCUCGCCUUUCGUUCUCUUGUCCUCCUGCUGAAUUAAGUCUUUUAUCCGAAUGUUGUGGUGUUUUGAAGAAUAUCGAUUUUUCAAAUUGUCAUAAGCUCAGGAAUGAAACUUUAACUAGAAUUUCUGAACGAUGUUCCAAUUUACGAUCCCUCAAGUUAUUAAAUCUUCCUCAUAUUACAGAUGAAUCAGUUAUAAAUAUUAUAAAUCGAUGUAACCGCUUAGAAUAUUUUGCAUUUGGUGAUUGUGUCGGCAUUACGAAUCGUUCAUUACUUCAACUAGCUCGUAUGAAACAUCUUAAUACACUUGAAAUAUUUUUUGGAAACAAUAUUACAAAUGAAACUCUCAUUCUUAUAACACAGGGUUGUUUGAAAUUGAAAAAUUUACAUAUCUGGGAUUGUGGAACUCUUGAUGAUGUUGCUAUCAUUCAGGUGGCUAUUAAUCUGAAUAUAAAUCUCGAAUCUCUUAUCCUUCAUAAUCCUCAAUAUAUUACCGACCAAUCACUUAUUCAUGUCGCUAGCAGAUGUACAAAUCUGCGUCAUCUGGGAUUAGAACCAUGUGAGGGAGUAACCAACACUACUUUAAUCGCUUUAGCAAAUAAUUCAUAUCUUUUAGAAUCCAUUCAAAUCUCGUUAAAUCGAGCUGGUGGUCUUUCAGAUGAAGGAUUUUUAUAUUUAUCUGAACGCCUGAGAAAGCUUAGUAAGAUUACAUUUCAACGUUCAACACCACUUGUCACCGAUGUUACUUUAAGCAUGUUGGCAGUUAGAUACGCCACAUCACUCACAUGUCUUCACCUUUACAAUUGCAAUUUUACUGAUGCAUCACUUAUUGCAAUUGCUCGUAAUAGACCACCUAUUAAUGAAUUAUGUAUUUUUGACUUAAUGAAAAUUAAUGAUGAUUCGGUCAUUUUCUUAUUACUCAAUAUUGCUCGUACACUUACUUCAUUACAAAUUUCGAAUUGUGAAGGUCUUACAGAGAAGAUUGUGAUUAAUGGUGUUAGACAUUGUAGCUUACUGAGAAAAUUAAGUUUAUUUGCAUCGAGUGAUUUUACUGUUGAUGGGUUAGACUCUAUCGUUAAGAACUGUGUAGAUUUAAGAGAAUUUUAUUUAUCAAGCACCGAAGAUAUUCCUAAUCAGGUUGUCGCUUCUGAACUUAGUUGUUUGCGAAAAUUAGAAAAAUUAAGAAUUCGUAAUUGUUCAAGUUUAUCGCGAGAAGAUAUAUUGAUUAUUUGUUGUGGACGGAAAGGGGCGACCACUUUUAGUAUUAGGGCCUUAACUACUACUACCGAGAGAAAG